CAAACAAUCGGCGCCAUUAGUCAACAUUCAAAGCAGUAAAGUAACCCUUAUGAAUACGUCCUUAUGCUAUGGAAACAGAAAGGACAAAACUAUACCAUUUGACGCCGUCAACACUUAUAUUUCUCAAAACGUCUAACUUUAGUCGUCUAUCAAUAGAUUACUUUACAAUUUCAAAAAUUAUUUCUCCAUACAAAUUCCAAAGAAUUUUCGAUUAUGUAUUUGAAAAAUGUUGGCAAUUAAAUUAUUCUAUCAAACACGUUGGAUCAUAUCUUACAUCAACUAACAGAAAUAGACUAUUUUUAAACAGGAUAUACAAAUUGAUUAGCGUCAAGUUAAACAAAACAAUUUUAUUCAUUAUUUUUAAUAAUCUAAUUGAUAAAUUAAAUUUUUUCAUUAUUUAUUUAAAUUUUAUUAUACAAUUAUUAUUUAUCACUUAUUACAUUUCAUAUCAUACUCAAAGACUAAAAUAUUUCAUUUGUACAAAUGUCAAUGUUAAUACUACUAAAAAUAACAAUGAUGAUGAUAAAUUUGUUAAAAACAAAUCCUUUCUCAAACAAUCAAUACAUCAAUCCAAUGAAAUACAACCAGUGAAAUUCUUAUCAUUACCAUGUUUUACUACAACAAAUGGUCUGUCUAAAAACAAUUCAAACAAAUCUAACCAUGUGCAUCGAGUAAAUGUUCGUCAUUGUUUAACAUGGAUGAUUAUUAUUAGUUUUGUAUGCAGUUUAAAACCAAUUGAAGCUAAUGAUCAUGUUCAUGAUUCAUUGAAAUUACCAAAUGAAUAUAAUUUAAUUCAUUUAUUACAAUCAUUGUCAACGAUUGGCAAACAAAUUAAUUUUAAUAUUCUGACAAAAUCUGAACAAAACACAUGGAAUUAUUUAUUAGAGAAAAUAUUAAAAUCACAAAUAAAUCUUGUAAAAAAUAAUACAGCAUUGGAUUUGACGCCUAGUAUGACUAUUGUUAAAAAAAGUAGUAUUCUAAAAGAAUUUUCAAAAAAUAAUCCUAAGCAUACUACUACUACGACGACAACUACUACUACUAUUCAAAAACCUUCCAAAGCAGAAUUAAUUGCUAAAACACCUAGUUAUAUGUUUAAACUACAUGAACGUCAUAUGAAUGAUUGGCAUAGUUUUGGACGUUAUGAAUCAAAUCAUUUAUUACAUCCGGAUUAUGUGAAAUAUUUAAGUGACAAUCAAAUUUCAGUAGAUCAUCAUAAACAACAACAAAGCGAAAAAACUCAUCAUCAUCAUCAUCGUCAUCAUCUUGGCAUGAUCACAGCAAUCAGACAUCAUAAACAUAUAGAAACUCAAGACUAUGAAAGUAGUGAAUCAAAUUUACAUCCACUCUAUCGUAGUAAACGUCAUACAGAGGAGGAGUCAUUAGACUUGAAUUCCUCUAAAACAACGCAUCAUCAUACAAUUAAACAACAUAAAUUAGUAUUUCAAUUAGCUGAUAUACCAUCAAAUGAGAAAUUAAUCGCAGCCAGUAUACGUAUAAGAUAUGAAGCAAAAAUGUAUGCAACAAAUUAUACAAUUCCAACAGAAUCAACUUCUUCUUCUUGUAUCAAUAAUGUUACUAUUGUUGAUAGUAAAGUGAAUAGUUCAUCAUUUUAUUGGCCAUUAUCUUUAUGGUUACAUUCAGAUCAACAACAACAACAACAACAACAGAAUAAUUACAGUAAUGUUGAUAUACAAACUGCAGCUAUUUUUGAACCAGAUAAUAUGCAAUGUAUUUUACAAAAAACAAGAAACAAUUCAUCAUCUAUAAUGAUUUUACCGAAUGGAUGGUUUCAUAUACCAUUGAGCCAGCCGGUUUUACAUUUAAUCGAACAAAUCAAUCAACAACAAACGGAUGCUAAUAAACAAAUUGUCAUACAAAUUCGUUCGGUAGUAAGAAAAAACUCAUCUACAUCUGAUGAUUUUGAUGUUACCGAUAUGGAUAGCCAUGAAUUUGAACAGUCUAACUAUUUGAAAAUGAAUAAUCUCAAUCAAAAUAAUGAAAAUUCAUUGGAUUCCACGUAUUGGUUACAUAAUGCACCGCAUUUAUUUACUUAUCAUCGUGAUCCUAAUUUAGUUGAAUAUUUAAAACGUAAACCGAGAUCAAUAAAUUCUGUGAACAGUCAGCAAACACAUCAAAAUGAUCAAACUCAUAGUACGAAUUUGAAACCUUUGAAUAAUAAUAUAAGCAAUAGAAAAAUUGCUAAACGUUAUAAACGUUUACAACGACUACUUAAUACACAAUUAAAACAACAACAAAAACAAAAUGAAUUAAAUCAACAAACUAUUCAAUUUAAUAAACAAAACUAUAUCAAACAAAGAUCACGUCGUUUAGCACAAUAUCAACGUCGUCAUAAUCGUGCAAGUCAAGAUCGUUAUUAUUAUAGUGAUUUGGAUUCAACCAAUGAAAUGACCGAUGAUCAAGAUCUGAAUGAAGAUGUUGCAACACAUCGUAAAAUCAAAACUAAUUCCUAUGAUAAUAAUCGUAAUCAUCAUCAUCAUCAAUCACAACACCAGCAACAUCAGCAACAACAACAACAACAUCAAUAUGACAUAACAAGAUCAUAUCAUUCAAAUACAUUACAAACGAAUAAUCGUCAUUACCUUGAUACAACAUGUCAACGACGUGAAUUAAUCAUUAAUUUUGAUGCUGUUGGUUGGGCUGGUUGGGUGAUUGCACCACAAGCAUAUAAUGCACGUUAUUGUCUAGGUCAAUGUCCGUUUCCAUUAUCCACUCAUUACAAUACAACUAAUCAUGCUGUUCUGCUUCAAUUAGUACAUUUGUUAGAUGUAGCUAGUAUUUCUGGUCCAUGUUGUGUACCGCAUCAAUUAUCAUCACAAUCAUUAUUAUAUCAUAGUCAAAAUGGUGAUGUUGUACUUAGAGUUUAUGAAGAUAUGGUUGUAGAAAGUUGUGCUUGUCGUUAAUUAUGGAAAAAAAACAAAAAAAACUCUAUUCUCA